AUGUCGGGAGUCCUGACAUGGAUCAAUAUCUGCGUCCUACUUCCUGUGACCAUACUGUUCUUCUGCUCUGUGUGUUGUGCGGGGCAAAGAUAUCAGGUUCCUGUUAACUAUUACACAAACCUCAUCCUCUCCAUUCUAAUCUAUCGCAGCGUGAUGUUCUUUUGGUGGGAGAUACUGCGUGGCACCAUUGCAUGUUUCAUUUUCUAUUAUGCUGUGACGGCCAGUCUUUACUUCAGGUUGUGCAUUGCUCUGGAAAGGUAUUGUUUCAUCGCCUGCCCACUGUUGGACUGCCUCAGACAAACUGAGGGUUCUGUACUGGUCUGUGUUCUGGUCUGGGUCCUUUGUGGUGUUAGUGUUGCUCUUGCUAUAUUUUUAUAUGAAUUUGUACGUUUAAUUAUUUAUGCUGCCCUCCCUGCCCCCCUGUUCAUUUUAUGUCUCGCUGGGACACUUAAAGCUCUGCCUGCUGCCAUCUCAGUGCCCACUGAAGAAAAACGAAGAACUGUAGGAACCUUGGUUCUGUUGCUGCUUAAUUACUUUCUCAUAAACCUUCCUGCAAUCACUCUAUUAACUUUGAACUUAGGUCGACGCUUCCCUGGAACACUUAUUGAUUUUAUCAUUAUGAUCUUUUUUCUGUUUAGUUCAUUGUUGGACUUGAUUCUGUUUGCCUUCAUGUGUAAAGGGCCCAUUGACAGGCUGCUGGCACGUCUGUGCUGCUGCAGUAUGGAGAGCAACAACACAGGAGAUGUGACUGAUGUUAGCACAGACAGGUCAGAUCAUGUAGUCAGAGAUAAAGGGAAAGAGGAAACAGGGUCACAUGAUGGGAGAGAUGGUGAGGAAGUAGAAAGUGUGAGAUAAGUAAACACCAUCCUUUCCUAAUAUUUGUCAGCUGUCCCCUCAGACUGUCAAUCACUUAAAAUCCUGUUCUUCGCACCUGCUGAGAGUAACAGGAAACAAUGUUUUGUUGAGUAGUUUAA